CCACCUUAAAGGCGAGCCAGUACAACUGACCAUAACUUGUAGAUAAGCCCCUAAGAAAGAGUGAAGAUAAAGAAAAAAUCCACACCAUUCUUCCUUGAAGAUGGAUGCGAUCGUGAAGGUGCCUUAUGAUGCUACGGUGAGGUUGAUGCUGACUUCGCUAGAGCGUAACCUCUUGCCGGACGCCGUUACAAGGCGGUUGACACGACUGCUUUUAGCUGGCAGACUUCGCUCCGGUUACAAGCCUUCCGCUGAGCUUCAACUCUCUGAUCUUCUCCACUUUGUGCAUUGUUUAAGAGAGAUGCCUAUAGCUGUGAUGACUGAGAAGCCAAAGUCCCAACAUUACGAGCUUCCUACCUCUUUCUUCAAGAUUGUUCUUGGAAAACACCUCAAAUACAGCUGCUGUUACUUCCAAGACAAGUCAAGCACUCUAGAGGAUGCUGAAAAAGCAAUGAUGGAAUUAUACUGUGAAAGGUCACAGUUGAAAGAUGGACACUCUGUACUUGAUGUUGGAUGCGGCUGGGGCUCCCUUUCUAUAUACAUAGCACAAAAAUUCAGUGGCUGCAAAGUCACCGGGAUUUGCAAUUCAGUGACCCAAAAAGCACAUAUCGAAGAGCAGUGCCGGGAGCUUCAGCUGGGGAAUGUGGAGAUUAUAGUUGCAGAUAUUAGCACAUUUGAGAUGGAAGGAUCCUAUGAUCGAAUAUUGUCUAUUGAAAUGUUUGAGCAUAUGAAGAACUAUGGAGAUCUCUUGAAGAAGAUCUCAGGAUGGAUGAAGCCAGAUAGUCUUCUUUUUGUUCAUCAUUUUUGCCACAAGGCAUUUGCUUACCACUUUGAGGAUGUGAACGAUGAUGAUUGGAUCACUAGGUACUUCUUCAGUGGAGGUACUAUGCCUUCUGCAGAUCUCCUCCUUUAUUUUCAGGAUGACGUUUCUGUGGUUAAUCAUUGGCUUGUUAACGGAAAACAUUAUGCACAGACAAGCGAAGAAUGGCUUAAAAGAAUGGAUCAGAACAAAAAUUCCAUAAAGCCAAUAAUGGAGUCCACUUAUGGUAAGGAUUCAGCUGUCAAGUGGACUGUCUACUGGAGAACAUUUUUCAUAUCAGUUGCUGAACUGUUCGGGUACAACAAUGGAGAAGAAUGGAUGGUUGCACAUUUCCUCUUCAAGAAGAAAUGAAUUUGGCAGUUGCCUAAAUGCAUUUUACCCAAAAGCUUCAAUAAGAGGACACUCAGUACGUCACAAGUUUGAAGAGUUGUGAUCUUGUAAUGAUCUCCUUAGUUACAGAGUACUAGGAGAGAAAACGUGCCGAUUGCUGUUAUCUUUGCCUAUUAGUUUCAGAGCAGUAGGAGAGAAAAUUAUAGUAUUAGAUGGCAUUACGAAGACAAUGCAGUUAAUAAAUGUGAUCACUUGACUUGUUACUGAAAUCCAAUUGGACA